AUGAAGAAUGAUCUUAAUGAUCAGAAUGAUCUUAAUGAUCAGAAUGAUCUUAAUGAUCAGAAUGAUCUUAAUGAUCAGAAUGAUCUUAAUGAUCAGAAUGAUCUUAAUGAUCAGAAUGAUCUUAAUGAUCAGAAUGAUCUUAAUGAUCAGAAUGAUCUUAAUGAUCAGAAUGAUCUUAAUGAUCAGAAUGAUCUUAAUGAUCAGAAUGAUCUUAAUGAUCAGAAUGAUCUUAAUGAUCAGAAUGAUCUUAAUGAUCAGAAUGAUCUUAAUGAUCAGAAUGAUCUUAAUGAUCAGAAUGAUCUUAAUGAUCAGAAUGAUCUUAAUGAUCAGAAUGAUCUUAAUGAUCAGAAUGAUCUUAAUGAUCAGAAUGAUCUUAAUGAUCAGAAUGAUCUUAAUGAUCAGAAUGAUCUUAAUGAUCAGAAUGAUCUUAAUGAUCAGAAUGAUCUUAAUGAUCAGAAUGAUCUUAAUGAUCAGAAUGAUCUUAAUGAUCAGAAUGAUCUUAAUGAUCAGAAUGAUCUUAAUGAUCAGAAUGAUCUUAAUGAUCAGAAUGAUCUUAAUGAUCAGAAUGAUCUUAAUGAUCAGAAUGAUCUUAAUGAUCAGAAUGAUCUUAAUGAUCAGAAUGAUCUUAAUGAUCAGAAUGAUCUUAAUGAUCAGAAUGAUCUUAAUGAUCAGAAUGAUCUUAAUGAUCAGAAUGAUCUUAAUGAUCAGAAUGAUCUUAAUGAUCAGAAUGAUCUUAAUGAUCAGAAUGAUCUUAAUGAUCAGAAUGAUCUUAAUGAUCAGAAUGAUCUUAAUGAUCAGAAUGAUCUUAAUGAUCAGAAUGAUCUUAAUGAUCAGAAUGAUCUUAAUGAUCAGAAUGAUCUUAAUGAUCAGAAUGAUCUUAAUGAUCAGAAUGAUCUUAAUGAUCAGAAUGAUCUUAAUGAUCAGAAUGAUCUUAAUGAUCAGAAUGAUCUUAAUGAUCAGAAUGAUCUUAAUGAUCAGAAUGAUCUUAAUGAUCAGAAUGAUCUUAAUGAUCAGAAUGAUCUUAAUGAUCAGAAUGAUCUUAAUGAUCAGAAUGAUCUUAAUGAUCAGAAUGAUCUUAAUGAUCAGAAUGAUCUUAAUGAUCAGAAUGAUCUUAAUGAUCAGAAUGAUCUUAAUGAUCAGAAUGAUCUUAAUGAUCAGAAUGAUCUUAAUGAUCAGAAUGAUCUUAAUGAUCAGAAUGAUCUUAAUGAUCAGAAUGAUCUUAAUGAUCAGAAUGAUCUUAAUGAUCAGAAUGAUCUUAAUGAUCAGAAUGAUCUUAAUGAUCAGAAUGAUCUUAAUGAUCAGAAUGAUCUUAAUGAUCAGAAUGAUCUUAAUGAUCAGAAUGAUCUUAAUGAUCAGAAUGAUCUUAAUGAUCAGAAUGAUCUUAAUGAUCAGAAUGAUCUUAAUGAUCAGAAUGAUCUUAAUGAUCAGAAUGAUCUUAAUGAUCAGAAUGAUCUUAAUGAUCAGAAUGAUCUUAAUGAUCAGAAUGAUCUUAAUGAUCAGAAUGAUCUUAAUGAUCAGAAUGAUCUUAAUGAUCAGAAUGAUCUUAAUGAUCAGAAUGAUCUUAAUGAUCAGAAUGAUCUUAAUGAUCAGAAUGAUCUUAAUGAUCAGAAUGAUCUUAAUGAUCAGAAUGAUCUUAAUGAUCAGAAUGAUCUUAAUGAUCAGAAUGAUCUUAAUGAUCAGAAUGAUCUUAAUGAUCAGAAUGAUCUUAAUGAUCAGAAUGAUCUUAAUGAUCAGAAUGAUCUUAAUGAUCAGAAUGAUCUUAAUGAUCAGAAUGAUCUUAAUGAUCAGAAUGAUCUUAAUGAUCAGAAUGAUCUUAAUGAUCAGAAUGAUCUUAAUGAUCAGAAUGAUCUUAAUGAUCAGAAUGAUCUUAAUGAUCAGAAUGAUCUUAAUGAUCAGAAUGAUCUUAAUGAUCAGAAUGAUCUUAAUGAUCAGAAUGAUCUUAAUGAUCAGAAUGAUCUUAAUGAUCAGAAUGAUCUUAAUGAUCAGAAUGAUCUUAAUGAUCAGAUAUCUGAUAGUUCAUUUGAACGUGUGAGCCCGCUGAAA